AUGCAAAUAAAGUUCGCAAAGCGUCUGGUAGCUAAGGGACCAGCUAAACCAUACACAGUACUAGUUGUAUACAUCGACUGUAUGCACUACAGAUUUCACCAGCACCCGUGUUCAGUCGCACAUGUAAACUAAGCCAGUCCAUGUUGCUUGUUAUGUUUUGUCGGUAGAUCAACAACUUGGUAAUAUCUUCUGUCAGUGAAGUUGUGGCAAGUUUGUGGUGUAUGUUCUCGUUUUUGGUGACGAUCUGACGUGGAAGUAAACGGUGAAGUUACUGGUUCUUCGUGUCUAUGGCUCUCUCUGGAAAUCGCCGAUAAGUACCCGUUGUCAUUAUACACUCAAUAGGAUCGAUCGUCUAGAAGGUUGCGUUAUUGGAUUUAUACCAGUAAAUGGUAACUUGCGGUUGCAUUGAAGAUAUACUCUGGAGUUCGUGUUAUCUCUUCUUUGAAGUGUAUCGGUCAGGUUCUUUGGAUAUUAGCCAUGCCGAAAGUGAACCGAAGAUGAUACUGUCGCGAACCAUCUAGGUAACUGUAGAGUAUGAUGUAAAACCCUCACAGCCGAAUUUAUAAGAGAAGUUGAGAGUAUAGUGCAGACUUUAUUAACAUAAUGCCGGUCGCGAAACCAAAGUCGAAAACGAAGAAAGAUGACGACGGGAAGGAGAAGAAGAAAGGCGAACCGCCUUCCACACCUAAUCAAGAAAAUGUUAGCCCUGCGACCCAAGAAUGCCGCCAGAUCUUAGUCCUGUACGCCCAGCCACUGGCCAACACGUUGAUGGCCUAUGACAUGGUCAAGCACCUCCUCGAGAAGGUGGUCAUUGACAGCGACAAGGCUCGUCUUAUCAGACGGAUGGGGAAGGGGCAGAACGCCGAGACGAACCGUCAAAUCGUAGCCGAGCUCGGAACGAGAGGGGUUCGGGAGUUUGAGGUGUUUGUCGAAGGCAUUCGAAAGCAAGAGUUCAGUCUCUUGGCAGAUCUUCUAGAGCAAAAACACUUCUCAAGACUUAUAAACAUUUUGGAUCCGGUAGCCAAGAAACUUGGACACCAUUGGAAGAGGGUAGCGUUAGAGUUGGGAACAGGCGGUUUCGUCGUCAAGAUCGAGACCAAGUACGAGAAGGUCCGAGAGCAAGCGCUGUACAGCCUCCUCAUUUGGGAAGAAACGUCUGGAGUUGCGGCUACAGAGAAGAGACUAAUCGAUGCGCUAGACUACUGCGGAAUGAAAUGGGCAAUAGCAUACAUUCGGAAAUUACAAGGAAAGGGCGGCAAGAAAAAGAAAGGCAAGAAGAAAGGGAAAGGUAAAAAGAAGAAGUAAAACUGCUUAAUCGACGGAAACCUAUACAGCCAGAGUUUCGAACGAACUUGCCAAAGUCGGCCAUAAUGACGUCAUUUCAUCACGCGCCUCUUAUAGUGGGAUGUGGUUCUUAUGUGUGUGCCCAAAGACAUCGUCUUAGUGUGUGAUAACAUUCUUAAAAGACUCGACCACGGUUUCAUUGAGCCUUUAGUGAUCGAAAAGAUGGACGUUAUGCCUCUUAAGACGAGCUCAGAUGAUGUUGUCAAUGUAUCAAAGCUUUUAUUUAAUGUAUUUAGUUUUGCAGCAUCGUCAUUGAAUAAAUUAAUGUUUAGUUUCGAAGCACACAAGUUGCUUCUACCGAAGAUAGUUGAUUUCAAGUACUCCAGAUGAUUUUUUUUUUUUAAAUCGUUAAUGUUUGGAAUGUGACUAUAUGAGGCUAAUUUACCGUUUUUGUGGUAAAGUGGGAGUCAACAUCAGCAUCGUCGUCGGUGAGCAUAAUACCAUUGCCGUCAUCGUCCUCGUCCUCAUCACCCCUCGUCGUCACCGCUGUCCUUUUCGCCACCUUUUUUGCCACCUUUUUUGCCACCGUCAAUUUAUUGAGAAAAUACCUUUUACAUGAGUGCAACAAAUUUCGAAAAAUGUCAAAGGUCAAUUUCAAUGGCCCAGACCAUUACCUUUAUAAUGUAUGGACAUGUAUUCCAAAUGUUAUGUAGUCCUUGACAUUCAGUCGAUAAUGAACAUACAUUACAAAAUAGUCUUCACAAGUUAGAAAAAUGCAUUAGGAGGUGUGCUUUUAUUAUGAAAAUUCGUAGAUCUUUGUUGAAAUGACGAUUGUCGAUUCGGUGGCAAGGGUUUUGUAUGAGAUAUACGUGUGUGUACAGUAUAGUUGCAAUCAGAUUUAUGUAAUUAUGAUUUCAAUGCCUUCGAAUACGUGAAUCUGUUUAUUAAUUAUGUAUGGGUGACUCUUAAGGCAGUGCCAUGGCCGAGUGGUUUAAGGCACUUGACGGGAGAUGCGAAGGUCGAGGGUUCGAAUCCCGACACUUCACUAAUAUCCUUUGGCAAAAUAUUAACCAGCACUUGCUACUCUCCACCCAUGUGUUAAAUGGGUACUCGAUAGGAUGCGACAGUCAUUGUUGGUCAAACAGUUUUUGAGCGUCAAGUAACGCCUGGCUGGAAUGCUCCCCAUGGAGUGGAGAUUGUGCACACAGUUUGUUCGGGCAAGUAUUGAAUCCAACGACCGGGGUAAUAGUAAAUCUGUAAAGCGCUUCGAGACAUCGUAGAUGUAUUAAGCGCUAUAUAAAGGCUAAAUAUUAUUAUUAUUAUUAUUAAAGUAUUACUAUAAAAUAGCUAAAAUCGGGUUUGCGUGUAAUGUAUAGUAUCGGAUUGGCAGUAAGAAAGCUCCUGUAUUAAAUAUGCAGAUUAAAAGUGCUACACUUGUCUUAAAUAUAGCCUAAAUAAAGUUUAAGCAUGUGAUAGACACUCACUUGAUAGUAAUUCAUAGUUUUAUUUUCAUACACUUGCAUGAUUGAAGCUGUACCUUUGUUAUUGAUUACAAAAAAUAUAAUAUGCAAAAUAUAUUUUUUAAUUUUCCAUAUAAAUGUUACAAUUUCUUGUAUCAAUUUUUUUUAUUUAGCAGUGAUAAAUUAUAAUGUAAGAAAACAAACGGUGGCCAAAGGUCUUUUAAUAAAUUGGAAUUAAAAUUUAGAUAAACAAAUGUAAUUUGGGUUAUUAACUUUAACUGCGCCAUAUUGUUCAGUAACCAUGGUAACUGGUUUUUAAAUACUUUUCCCCUUCCCCUUCGAUGGGCGAUAUUAUUUUGAUGUAAACUUUAAUUUUGAUGUUCUAGUUCAAAAUACGAGUAUAUAGACCACUCCAAACAGGAACAAUAAUGAUGGGGACUACCUGAUCGUUAGAUGCUGCAGUUACUGAAUCAAAAGAAAAUAAUAUUGAACACAUGAAUAGUUUACUAUGUGCAAUACAGUUCAAGUAUUAUUCCUAUUUUUUUCUCCAGAAAUAUGUUUUUAGCAUUAUUGUUAUUAUGAUUACAUGUCCGUCCGUCAUAUAGCUAUGUCAUGAAAAAUUGAAAGAUGAUUUGCAGUAAAUUUUAUUAUAAUUGUGCCUAAGUUAAAGCAUGUCUUGAAAUGUAACAUAACUUCAAAACUUUGCAACUGGAACAAAUUUGAGCUUGAACAAAAUUAAUCAUAGCUGAUCAAAGAAAAUUGAACUGGUGUAAUUGUAAUUGUACUGAUUGGUAACGUAGCUGGCGUUCUACCGAAAAUUUGUGUCCCGUUGAGUAGGAAUGAAUUGGUUCGAGCAAUUUAAUUUAGAAAAAUGUUUUCAUGCCAAAAUUACUUCAAUCCUUCAUUAAGGUUAAUCGAGGAGGCUCUAAAUUAAGAAUGAAAGUCACAUUAGAAUGACGGUAACUUGUUUUUAUAGAAAAGUGUGAGAUCUUAAUAUUUUGUUAAACAUUAAUUCGUGUGUGUGCCUAUUUUGCUUUAACAGAACUACUUGCAAGCCAUUUUGCCUAGAUGUUAAAGAUGAAAUAAUAUUCUUACGAUGUUGUAAAGGAAUGUUAAUAUGUGUGCCUUAUCUCACCAAUGUGAUAAAUAAAUGCACUUUAUUUAGUAAAAGUUAUUUGUGAAUUAAAA